CCACAUCGGCAUAGUGGAUGUUAGUUAAACAACCAAUAGUCGGUUUGCCUUCUUAAACCCACAUCGCCAUCUUUUCUUCCUGCAUUUCUGCUCUCAAAACUCUCAGUCUUUUCCCUCAAAAGCUCCGCCGUAGAGAAAGCCACUAUACGCUUUUCCCAAAAGGCUUGGGUUUUUUUUAGAGAGAGAUGAAGAUACAGUGCAAUGCUUGCGAGGUGGCGGAGGCCAAGGUGCUGUGCUGCGCGGACGAGGCGGCGUUGUGCUGGGCGUGCGACCAGAAGAUCCACGCCGCCAACAAACUGGCCAGCAAGCACCAGAGAGUCCCUCUCUCUUCCUCUUCCUCUUCCUCUCCCAUGCCCAAGUGCGAUAUCUGCCAGGAGAUGGUCGGAUACUUCUUCUGUCUGCAGGAUCGAGCUUUACUCUGUCAGAAAUGCGAUGUUGCCAUACACACAGUAAACUCGUAUGUUUCCAGUCACCAAAGGUUUGUGCUUACUGGUGUGAAAGUGGGGCUUGAAGCAACCAAACCAUGUAUCUCCACCUCCACCAAGGAAAUGUUGACUUCUGCGGAAACAGUUUCUGAAUCAGCAUCGUCGCGACCAAUAAACAAAAGUCCAGUAGGUCCGUUUGUUGGGGAGAUUAAACAAGCAUUGCCUGGUAAAGUUGACAGUAUUGGAACUGGUGUAUCAGGAAAAUUACCGUUAAUUCAAAAUGCUAACACCUCCGGUUCCGGGUUGAACUUGGAAGAAUUUCUUGGUUUUACUGACCCUAAUCAAAAUUUUGGGGUCUUGGAUCGCAUGUCGCCCAAGGUUUACAGCAGAUACUGCCUCUGAUUGUUUUUUUGGUUUGAAGCUGAUGGAGGAUGAUUCAGGAUUGAACCAAAUUUCAGAAGGCAGAUUGUGAUCAAGUUAUUUUACUUUUGUGAUCAAGUUAUGUGAGGUGAGGGAAUUAGGUAGGUGUAUUAGGCAAAUUAUGGUAAUUGGUAAGUUAGUAUGUAAUUUAGUUAGCAUUAGUUGGUAAUUAAUUACUCUUAACCUUUUUUUUGGUCAUUAAUUACUCUUAACCUAUAUACAUAGUUGCAUAUCUCUGAAUGUGGGGCAUGUAAUUUAGUUACCAUUGA